CGGUGUGAUAGCUCCUAGGUAGCUGGAUGGAGUAGAGAAGCCUCAGCAGGAAAAUGAGAUUCAUCCUAACAAACCCCAAUUUGGACAUAUGAGCUACUGGGUUUUGUGUGUUUAUCAUACACGAGACACUUUGUAAGAGCUUUACGACCGUGAUCGCGUUGUACUACUGCCAACAAGCCUUUGAGAUUGCGCUUCAUGUCAGUAGAAAUGGACAGCAGCAGUUUUAUUCAGUUUGAUGUGCCCGAGUACAGCAGCACUGUUCUGAGCCAGCUAAACGAACUCCGCCUGCAGGGGAAACUAUGUGACAUCAUUGUUCACAUUCAGGGUCAGCCAUUCCGAGCCCACAAAGCCGUCCUCGCUGCCAGCUCCCCCUAUUUCCGGGACCAUUCAGCAUUAAGUACCAUGAGUGGCUUGUCAAUAUCCGUGAUUAAAAAUCCCAAUGUGUUUGAACAGUUGCUGUCAUUUUGUUACACUGGAAGAAUGUCCUUGCAGCUGAAGGAUGUUGUCAGCUUUCUGACCGCGGCCAGCUUUCUUCAGAUGCAGUGCGUCAUCGACAAGUGCACGCAGAUCCUGGAGAGCAUCCAUUCAAAGAUCAGUGUUGGAGAUGUUGACUCCGUGACCGUCAGCGCUGAGGAGACAACCGAGAGUCGUAAUGGAGUUAAGGACAGCAGCUUCUUUGCCAACCCGGUUGAGAUCUCCCCUCCGUAUUGCUCUCAGGUACGGCAGCCCACCACGAGCAGCGACCUUCGGAUGGAGACGACGCCCAGCAAAGCUCUGCGCAGCCGCUUACAGGAGGAAGGGCACUCGGACCGAGGGAGCAGUGGGAGCGUUUCCGAGUAUGAGAUUCAGAUAGAGGGGGACCAUGAACAAGGGGACCUGCUGGUGAGGGAGAGCCAGAUCACCGAGGUGAAAGUGAAGAUGGAGAAGUCCGACCGGCCCAGCUGUUCCGACAGCUCCUCGCUGGGGGACGACGGGUACCACACGGAGAUGGUGGACGGGGAGCAAGUUGUGGCAGUGAACGUGGGGUCGUACGGCUCCGUGCUGCAGCACGCCUAUUCCUAUUCCCAAGCAGCCUCACAGCCAGCCAGCGUCUCCGAAGCUUUUGGAAGUUUGAGUAAUUCCAGCCCGUCCAGAUCCAUGCUGAGCUGUUUCCGAGGAGGGCGCGCGCGCCAAAAGCGGGCUUUGUCCGUCCACCUGCACAGUGAUCUGCAGGGCUUGGUGCAGGGUUCCGAUGGUGAAGCGAUGAUGAAUAACCCCGGGUACGAGAGCAGUCCCCGAGAGAGGAGUGCGAGAGGGCACUGGUACCCGUACAAUGAGAGGUUGAUCUGUAUUUACUGUGGGAAGUCCUUCAACCAGAAAGGAAGCCUUGACAGGCACAUGCGGCUCCACAUGGGCAUCACCCCCUUUGUGUGCAAGUUCUGUGGGAAGAAGUACACGCGCAAGGACCAACUGGAGUACCACAUCCGGGGCCACACCGAUGACAAACCAUUCCGCUGUGAGAUCUGCGGCAAGUGCUUUCCAUUCCAAGGUACCCUCAACCAGCACCUGCGGAAAAACCACCCCGGCGUCGCGGAAGUCAGGAGUCGCAUCGAGUCCCCUGAGAGAACAGAUGUGUACAUGGAACAGAAACUAGAAAAUGAUGCAUCCGCCUCAGAGAUGGCCCUAGAUUCCCGGAUGGAAAUUCACACAGUGUCUGACGCUCCUGAUUAAGAUGGUAACGAAGUGCACCCAAACAAAGCACAUUAAUCAAUGCAUAUUUGUGAUUUGCUUUGUUGUAAUCUUUGGUUUUCCCAACCAUCUGGAAAUCUCUCGGUCUCUUGGCAGUUUUUCUAAGGUUUCUGGAAGGAACACUUCAUUGUGUUUAUCCUUUCCCCCCGCCCUCCCUCUCCCAAGGAGCUCAAAGCAUGAAGGGCAACGUAUCCAGGGAAAACACAGGCUGACAGUAUUCCUCUUUGGCUGAACUCUUAAUCCAAAAUCUGCCAGUGAUUUAGCUAUGCCAACUGGUUGACCCUACAUUCUCUGCCAAGAGGCAUGCUCUCUCGUUGUGUGCGCUGGCAUCGGUGCGUUUCCAUGGAGAGAGACCAGGAUGCCGUCAGCUGAUACAAAUGGGUAACCUUUUCUAAUUUAAAAUGACUUCUAGGGGGUAGUUAGACAAUUUAUAUAUAUAUAUAUAAUAAAGCGAUUAUUAUAUAUAUAGUAUAUAUACAUUCUCAAAUUUGAUUUUAUUCUGGUUGAGGUGAAUGUAAGAGGAAUAUAUAAUUUAAUACAAUGUGAACAGGGCUUUUGACUCUGUCUCGUCCCUACCUGAUGUUAGGGUUUUGCCCCUUUAUUUCCCUUACAAAAGAAUGUUAAUAGGUUUUCAUAUAUAUUAAUCAUUGUGUCCAAAAGCAAGCAAAGCAAAUCACAGUGUUCAUAGCUCUGCUUCGUAACAAGUACAUAAACCAAAUGCCAUAAAAUGUAUUCAACUCUAGUUGGAAACCGUUUGGAAUUUUUGUUCGUUGUCCAGUAGGUAAGCUGGAUGACCCGUGGUGCUGACCUUUUUACAUAUUGUAGUGUUAUAUUAGCCAACCCCAAAGGAGCAGUGGUUUUCAAUGUUUUUACUGGCUUACGAAUCUACCUUCAUUCCGUACUGUAGAAACAUACAUACCAGGUAACUAAAUCAAAUCACUCUACCAUGAGUUAGUACUCGCACUAAAGGAAAGGGAUUUGUAGUUCUGUCUACAAAAUUCUCCAAGCAGUGUUGUGGGUUUUUUUUUCCCCCCUCUCUCUCUCUUUUUUCAAACAGCUAGUUCAGGUGCACAGCAACUUUUCUACAUGCAGUUCCCAGGGAAACUGCAGAACUUGGAAUUUGUACUUUUUGUAAAGAUAUACUCUAUGGGAAUUGCAAGCAAUAUCUCUAUCUUAGUAUUGUGUGUGCUAAUGAGAGCAGUGGCUCCCCCACUCUCAGUGUUUCCUGCUUAAAGAAACCAACAGUCAAAAAGCCCUCUAUGAUACUCUGUGUGUCACCAAAUCUGUGUGUGUCACCAUUUUUUUUGGUCACGUGGUGCUAUUUUUUAUGUUCCGUAUCUUUUAGGUCAGUAUCGUUGUAGAAAAUGUGAAAUCUAAUGGUCAUAGUGAAUUACAGGUUUUUUUCCCCUCUCUUGAGUUUGUAGCUUGAAGAGAGACCUCAAAAUCAUGUGCUGGCAAACACAUUACUGUGUGAGAACACACCUGAGUCCUGUUUGAGUAACGUUUUGUGAGCGCUCUAGGAAAAGUCUUCAGUUCUGUAUUUUGUUUCCCCGUGUGCUUGUAGUAAACAAAACGGGCUUCCCGAGAUCUCUUCGGUACUGUGUACUCCCACAGAGGAAUCUCGGCAGCAGUCGGAUGGUGUGUUGGUGCUGCAGGCUGCCCGCAGAAUCUGUGCCCGAGAACCUCGGCCCCGAGACCCGCAGCCAGUGUCUCUCCACAGGGGAACAGCACAAACCACCUAAAAGCAACACGGACACGAAAUAGACCAACCUCAGAGGCUAGGAGUUAAAGGAAUACAAAAAUAGAUGUUUGCCGGUUUUCCAUGCUUUUUUGGCUCUUAAAAUACCAAGAAUGGUGGGGGCUUGGGGGAGGGGGCAGGGUGUUUUGGGGAGGUUUUUGUUUCGUUUCGUUUUGUUAUUUUGAGAAAAGAAAAUCAUUCAGGCCCUUGUGUGUGAUAGCCCCCGGGGGUGGUAGCUGUGCGGGAGCGUGUCUUUAGCACACAGGAUCUGUCUGCUCACGUGCGAACCGCUGCGCCACACGUCAGUGUUACUACGUACAGAUUACACUCUAAUCCUGCUGCUCCCGAGGAGCAGCUUUUGCUAAAUCGGGUAUAUAGUAUGCCUUUUCCUGUCAAACUGCCUAAGUAAGGGGUGCGUUCUCUCCCUGAAGCACUUGCCCAACUCCUGUCAAAGCCGCGUGCCUCAAGGGGAGGCUGGACCCCAAGUGUUUACCCACUUAAAUAUGUUCUGGGGUUUCAGGUAAAUGUUUGUGAUUUUUGUUUUUUUUUCCUUACAUGAGUUAGCUUGGUUUUGAUUUUUCUUUUUAAGAAUUAAAUGCAAAAAAUUUGUGUGGUGAUACAAAUUAAGUUUGUGACAAGAAAUGCCGAAAUCAAGGACAUGAGAGGUCAGGCUCAGGGAAGGAACCUCCUUUUCACUCAGGCUUGGGGCCUCCUGAGAGGUCUCCAGAGCAUUCCGUGAUAGAUGAGACAAGUCGGGAGGGGAGAGCACUUGGGGCAGGUACCUCGGAUAUCCUGGUUCUUGUCAUUGUGUCCGUCUUUACCUUAUUUACACGGAGUUCCUUGUAUUUGUCAAUUUGUUUAACUGGUUUGAGUUUACCAAAGAGUGACUUAUCCAAAAUUGUCUUUGACAAAACUAUACAUUGCUUUGAUUGUACAGUUCAGGUUCAAACAUUGUAAUGGGACUGUUAAGGGGCAGAAAAUUGAUUGAGUUUCUCUCUAAUAACCAUGAUUCCACAUCUUGCAAGUUCCACUUGCCUCCCAUUCAUGUUGCUAACACUUGACCCUUUCCACUGCUAGCAGUGUUAAGAAUGAAUUCUCAAGCCAUAACCCAGUACUGUAAGGUUCCACAGGGCUUCGAGGAGGCAGAGCGGAGGCCAGCACAGAGCUGGGCAGCCUCUCUGAGCGAGCACGCUGUCGUGCUUCUCAGUGUGCGUGGCGGGUGGAAGGUUAACUCCAUUCAGAUCGGGCAGCAGCAAUUAAUUGUGCCUUGUCACAUGAGGACGUGCCAGGAGGAUGAACAUGGCCACAGAACAGAAACAUUCUCUCCCCGAAGGUCCCUUCACGUCUCCACAGACGAAGUUCGCUGUGUAACUCCUGAGAGCAACUCUUUUUGGAAAGCAAAGUCCCGAUUUCUGUACAGUUUUAGGUUAGAUGUUUCAUUUAUAACAAAUGCAAAAGUCAAUUAAGAUAGAAGUGAUAUGUGAAGAAAUCUUUUACAGCAAAACAUAUCCUGAAUUCAUAUAGGUCUGUUCAUAAUUGAGUCUCUUCUUGAGCUACCUUUUCCAAUACGUAGACAAUGUGAAGACAGUGACGGCGUCCUUUCCUCUAGGUGUUUCACCUGUUACUACAAACUGUGAAAACAAAGAAUUUUAUACUUUUACUAAUGUUUGUGGUUUUAAACAGUUGUUUUCAUUCUAAUCAGUUCUCUCCCCUCUAAUUUCUACUAAAGCUGUAAAUACAUUUAGAAAUUAUAUUUGUAAAUACAGCAUAUGAAGACAAGUUAAUUUUUUGGUCAGUGGAAAGCCUCCCAAUUGGCUCUGCCUUGGCAGUUUUGUUUUUUUGUUCGUUUGCGUGUGUGUGUUUGUGUGUGUG